UUGAGAUCAAACCCGCUCUAGACACUACGGAUUAUCGGCUCGAUCCAGGCCAUGGCGAAUGCGCCCCAGAGCCUGGAACGCAGCGCGCUGGUGCUGCUGUGUAUUUUCCUGGGGACGCUGCGGGAAUCUGGAGCCGGACACAUCCGAUACUCUGUGCUAGAAGAGGUGGACAAAGGCUUCUUCGUGGGCAACAUCUCCAAGGACCUAGGGUUGGAGCCCCGGGAGCUGACCGACCGCGGAGUCCGCAUCGUCUCCCGGGGGAAGACGCAGCUUUUCGCUCUGAAUCCGCGAGGUGGCAGCUUGAUCACCGCGGGUAGGAUAGACCGGGAGGAGCUCUGUGAAACGGUUUCCUCCUGCUUUUUAAAUAUGGAGAUUCUUGUGGAGGACACCCUGAAGAUUUAUGGAGUGGAGGUAGAAAUAAUGGAUGUUAAUGAUAAUGCUCCUAGCUUUCGGGAAGAGGAAAUAGAGAUAAAAGUCAGUGAGCACGCAGCUCCUGGAUUGAGAUUUCCUCUACCUAACGCUAGGGAUCCAGAUGUGGGAGUGAACUCUCUCCAGAGCUACCAACUCAGCCCUAAUAGUUACUUUUCCUUGCAAAUGAGAGGAGGAACUGAUGGGGCAAAGAAUCCGGAACUAGUGCUGGAGCGAGGUCUGGACCGGGAGAAAGAGGCUGCUCACCUCCUCCUCCUCACAGCCUUAGAUGGAGGCGAUCCCAUAAGCAAGGGCUCAGUUCCCAUUCGAGUGGUGGUCCUGGAUGUAAAUGACCACAUCCCAAAGUUUACUCAGUCUGUGUAUAGAGUGAGUGUUCCUGAAAACCUCAGCUCUGGAACUCGAGUGCUGGUGGUAAAUGCAACGGAUCCAGAUGAGGGUCUCAACGGGGAAGUGAUGUAUUCGUUCCAGAAUACAGAAAGCAAAGCUUCUGAAAUAUUCCAUUUGAAUUCUCAAACUGGCGAAGUUCUAGUACAAGGGCCUCUGGAUUUUGAAAAAUAUAGGUUCUAUGAGAUGGAAAUUCAAGGCCAAGAUGGUGGCGGUCUCUUGACCACUGCUAAGAUGUUCGUUACAGUUUGGGAUGUGAAUGAUAAUGCUCCAGAAAUAACUAUCACCUCUUCUAUUGAUUCGGUGUUGGAAAAUUCGCCUCCAGGAACGGUAAUUGCUCUUCUAAAUGUGCAAGAUCGAGAUUCUGGAGAAAAUGGUCAGAUCUCCUGUUUCAUUCCUAACAAUCUCCCUUUUAAGUUAGAAAAAACUUAUGGAAAUUAUUACAAGUUAAUAACAAACAUCGAGCUGGACAGAGAGCAAGUCCAGAGCUAUAACAUAACAUUGACAGCCAAAGACCAAGGAAGUCCAUCCCUAUCCACAGAAAUUCACCUCUUACUCAAUGUGGGAGACAAGAACGAUAACCCUCCAGUCUUCACUCACUCUUCUUACUCUACCUAUGUUUCUGAAAACAAUCCUAGAGGAUCCUCCAUUUUCUCAGUGACCGCUCUUGACCCAGAUAGCAAAGAGAAUGCCCAGGUCACUUAUUCUCUCACAGAAGACAUGAUCCAAGGAGCACCUCAGUCCUCCUAUGUAUCUAUCAACUCGGAUACUGGGGUACUGUAUGCAUUGCGCUCUUUUGACUAUGAGCAGUUCCAAAACCUACAACUGAGAGUGACUGCAUGUGAUAGUGGGGACCCACCACUCAGCAGCAAUGUGUCAGUGAAUCUGUUCAUACUGGACCAGAAUGACAACAUUCCUGAGAUCUUGUAUCCCAUCCUCCCCACUGAUGGUUCCACUGGGGUGGAGUUAGCACCCCGAUCUGCAGAGCCUGGAUACCUGGUGACCAAAGUGGUGGCAGUGGACAGAGACUCAGGACAGAAUGCCUGGCUGUCCUACCGCCUGCUCAAAACCAGUGAGCCUGGGCUCUUCACUGUGGGGCUGCACACAGGUGAGGUGCGCACUGCCCGGAACCUACUGGACAAAGAUGCGCUCAAGCAGAGCCUUGUGGUGGCCGUCCAGGACCAUGGUCAACCUCCCCUCUCAGCCACUGUGACACUCACAGUGGCAGUGGCUGACAGCAUCCCAGAAGUCCUGGCUGACUUGGGCAGUCUGGAGUCUUCCACCAACCCAGAUGAAUCAGGCCUCACACUCUACCUAGUUGUGGCCAUCACAGCAGUCUCCUGUAUCUUCCUCAUCUUUGUCAUUGUGCUGCUGGCACUCAGACUGAGGCACUGGCAUUCCUCACAUUUGCUCCAGGGAGCAGGCAGCGGGUUAGGGGGCACGCCCGCCUCUCACUUUGUGGGUAUUGAGGGGGUGCAUGCCUUCCUACAGACCUAUUCCCAUGAGGUGUCCCUCACCGCUGACUCUCGGAAGAGCCACUUGAUCUUCCCGCAGCCCAACUAUGCAGACACGCUCAUCAGCCAGGAGAGCUGUGAGAAAAGCGAGCCUCUCUUGAUAGCUGAAGACUCAGCUACUGUUUUAGGCAAAUAUGACCCAACAAACAAUCAGCAAUGCCUAGAAAAACCAAGCUGCAACAACACAAAAAGAAGAAUGGAAUAUAGGGCGAAGAAAAGGAGCAGGACCCUCUAUCGGCAAGUACUCUUUCCUUUCCUGCUGCCUUUGUUCUGCGCAGCUCUUGGGAAGCAAAUCCACUAUUCUAUUCCAGAAGAAAUGGCCAGGGGCUCCGUGGUGGGGAACCUUGCUGAGGACCUGGGGCUGAAUGUUCAGGAUUUACUGACCCGCAACCUUAGAAUUGGCGCAGAGGAAAAAUACUUUACUAUAAACACUGAGAAUGGGGAUAUACUUGUGAGUGAAAGAGUAGAUCGGGAGUUGCUCUGCUCCCAGAAUUCCCUGUGUGUUGUGCCCUUAGAGAUUGUAGCAGAAAAUCCUCUAAAUGUUUUUCACAUAAACGUGAUGAUAGAGGAUAUAAAUGAUAAUCCACCCAACUUCCCCCAGAGCAGCAUUGUUCUACAAAUCAAUGAACUUGCAAUUCUGGGGACUCGGUUUGGCCUGGAAUCUGCUAUAGAUGCAGAUGUAGGACCUCACUCUCUCCAGGAUUACCAGCUCAGCUCUAACGAACAUUUCUCUUUGAUGGUGAAGGGCAAGUUGGAAGACAAAAUUGCCCCUGAAUUAGUGUUGGAAAAGCCCCUGGAUCGGGAACAACAGAGCUCCCAUCUCCUGGUCCUGACAGCAGUGGAUGGGGGAGACCCAGUCCUGACUGGCACAACUCAAAUUCAAAUCAAGGUCAUUGAUGCCAAUGAUAACCCACCAGUGUUCAGCCAGGAUAUGUACAAAGUCAGCCUUAAAGAGAACAUGCCCCCAGGCACCUCUGUGCUGAAGGUGACAGCCACAGACCAAGAUGAGGGCAUCAAUGCAGAGAUCACCUACUCCUUCAAAUCGCUAGGACAUAAUAUUGGAAAUAAGUUUAUGCUAGACCAUCAAAAUGGAGAAAUUAUAUCCAAAGACCCUAUAGACUUUGAAAUCAGUAGCCAUUAUACCAUAAGCAUAGAAGCCAAGGACGGUGGAGGCAUGGCCACAGAAUGUAAAAUUAUACUAGAAAUUCUAGAUGAGAAUGACAAUGCUCCAGAUGUGGUUUUUACGUCAGUGUCCAGUUCCAUAACCGAGGACACAAAGCCAGGCACCGUGAUUGCUCUGUUCAAAACACAUGACAAAGAUUCAGGAGAAAAUGGGGAAGUCACAUGCCUCAUAAAAGAAAAACUUCCUUUUAGAAUUGAAUCUUCUGCCAAUAAUUACUACAAACUUGUAACAGAUGGGACCCUGGACCGGGAGAAGACCCCAGAGUACAAUGUCACCAUCACUGCUACAGACAAGGGCAAACCGCCCCUUUCCUCCAGCACAAGUAUCACCCUACACAUUGGCGACGUCAACGACAAUGCUCCAGUUUUUCAGCAGGCCUCCUACAUGGUGCACGUGGCUGAAAACAACCCUCCAGGAUCUUCCAUCGCUCAAGUCAGUGCCUCCGACCCAGAUUUGGGGUCCAACGGCCAAGUCUCCUACUCCAUCGCGGCCAGCGAUCUGGAGCCUCGGGCAUUGUCAUCCUACGUGUCUGUGAGCCAACAGAGCGGCGUGGUGUUCGCACAGCGAGCCUUCGACCACGAGCAGCUGCGUUCCUUUGAACUGACGCUUCAGGCUCGUGACCACGGCUCGCCCGCGCUCAGCGCCAACGUGAGCCUGCGCGUGUUGGUAGGCGACCGCAACGACAACGCGCCGCGGGUGCUCUACCCCGCGCUCGCUCCCGACGGCUCUGCGCUCUUCCACACUGUGCCGCGUGCCGCGGAGCCGGGCUACCUGGUCACCAAGGUGGUGGCGGUGGACGCGGACUCGGGACACAAUGCCUGGUUGUCCUACCACGUGCUGCAGGCCAGCGAUCCUGGACUCUUCAGCCUGGGACUGCGCACUGGCGAGGUGCGCACAGCUCGCGCCUUGAGCGACAAGGACGCGACUCGCCAGCGCCUGCUGGUCGCUGUGCGUGAUGGUGGACAGCCACCUCUUUCGGCAACAGCCACUCUGCUCCUGGUCUUUGCUGACAGCCUGCAGGAGGCACUGCCAGACCUCAGUGACCCCCCUGUGCCCUCAGACCCCCAAGACGAGUUGCAGUUUUACCUGGUGGUGGCCUUGGGCUUGAUCUCAGUGCUCUUCCUCCUGGCAGUGAUUCUGGCUGUUGCCUUGCGCCUGGGUCACUCCUCCAGUUCUGCUUCCUGGGGUUGCUUUCACUAUGAUCUCUGUUCUCAGACUAGGCCAAGCGUUUCUCUCAACUACAAUGAGGGAACUUGGCCUUAUUCAUACAAUAUGUACGUUGCUUCGGAUUCCCGCAAAACAGAGUUUAAUUUUCUCACUAUGACGCCAGAAAUGUUCCCCCAACAAGAUCUUUCUAAUGAAGCUUCUUUGGCAGUAAGUGUCACUGUGGAGAAUAACAAGAUAAAAUUUGACUCUGUUGCUCCUACUCACACGCAGGAGCUCACACCACCCGCUCGCCUCAACUAUCCGGCGACAGGAGAGCUGAUCCUGACUUCGGUGUCAAGGGUAGAAUUAGAAAUAAUCCUAGAGGAAAGUGACACAAUGAUUUCUGCAAGACUUCACCGAGAUGGCAAGGGGCUGGUCCUGCUGGGAGUUCUCCUAGGGAUCCUUUGGGAAGCCGGAUGCACCCUGAUACGCUAUUCAAUUCCUGAAGAGCUGGAGAAAGGCUCUAAGGUGGGCGACAUCUCCAAGGACCUGGGACUGGAGCCCCGGGAGCUAGCAGAGGGAGGAAUCCGCAUCGUCUCUGGAGGUAGCACUCAACUUUUCGCUCUGAACCCGCGAAGCGGCAGCUUGGUCACGGCAGGCAGGAUAGACCGCGAAGAACUCUGUAUGGGAGCCAUCAAAUGUCAAUUAAAUCUAGAGAUUCUCAUAGAGAAUAAAGUGAAAAUAUACGGGGUGGAAGUAGAAGUAAGGGACAUUAACGAUAACGCUCCCUACUUCCGUGAAAGUGAAUUAGAAAUAAAAAUGAGUGAAAACGCAGCCACUGGAAUGCGCUUCCCCCUUCCCCACGCUUGGGAUCCAGAUGUCGGGAAGAACUCUCUGCAGAGCUACAAGCUCAGUCCGAAUCCUCACUUCUCCCUGGAGGUGCAAAACGGAGCAGAUGGUAACAAGUAUCCGGAAUUGGUGCUGGAACACGCCCUAGAUCGCGAAGAAAAGGCCACACACCACCUGGUCCUCACGGCUUUGGACGGGGGCGAUCCGGUCCGCACCAGCACCGCGCACAUCCUCGUGAUAGUUGUUGAUGUGAACGACAAUGCACCAGAGUUUGCUCAGUCCGAGUAUCACGUGAGUGUUCCGGAGAAUGUGGCCGUGGGCACUCAGCUGCUUCUAGUAAAUGCCACUGACCGGGACGAAGGAGCCAAUGGGAAAGUGAUGUAUUCCUUCCGGUAUGUGGACGAUAAGGCGUCCCAAGUUUUCAAACUAGAUAGUAAUUUAGGGACGAUAUCAACAAUAGGGGAGUUGAACUAUGAGGAAUCAGGUGUCUACGAGAUGGAAGUGCAAGCAAUGGAUAAUGCAGGAUAUUCAGCACGAACCAAGGUCCUGAUCACAGUUCUGGACGUAAAUGACAACGCCCCUGAAAUAAUCGUCACCUCUCUCACCAACACAAUUCCGGAAAACUCUCCCAGAGGGACAUUAAUUGCCCUUCUAAAAGUAAAUGACCAAGACUCUGGGGAAAAUGGACAAGUAGUCUGUUUUAUCCAAGGGAAUUUGCCCUUUAAAUUAGAAAAAUCUUACGGAAAUUACUAUAGUUUGGUCACAGACACAGUUUUAGACCGGGAACAGGUUGCUAGCUACAACAUCACGGUGACUGCCACUGACAGGGGAAGUCUGCCCCUAUCAACUAAAACUCAUAUCUCCUUGAAGGUAACAGAUACAAACGAUAACUCGCCAGUCUUCCUUCAGGCCUCCUACUCUGCCUAUCUCCCAGAGAACAACCCUAGAAGCGCCUCCAUCAUCUCCGUGACUGCACACGACCCCGACUGUGAUGAGAACGCCCAGGUCACUUAUUUCUUGGCUGAGGACAACCUCCAAGGGGCACCCGUGUCCUCCUAUGUCUCCAUUAACUCAGACACCGGCGUUCUGUACGCAUUGCACUCCUUCGACUAUGAGCAAUUCCAAGAGCUACAGCUGCAAGUAAUGGCACGUGAUAGUGGGAAACCUCCACUCAGCAGCAACGUGUCUUUGAGCCUCUUCAUUCUGGACCAGAAUGACAACACUCCUGAGAUCUUGUAUCCUGCCCUCCCCACUGAUGGCUCCACUGGGGUAGAGCUGGCACCCCGAUCUGCAGAGCCCGGAUACCUAGUGACUAAGGUAGUAGCAGUGGACAAGGACUCAGGCCAGAAUGCUUGGCUGUCUUACCGCCUGCUGAAGGCCAGCGAGCCAGGGCUUUUCUCUGUUGGGCUACACACGGGUGAGGUGCGCACCACAAGGACCCUGCUGGAUAGAGAUGCCCUCAAGCAGAGCCUGGUGGUGGCUGUGCAGGACCACGGCCGGCCCCCUCUCUCGGCCACUGUCACGCUCACAGUGGUGGUGGCCAACAGCAUCCCUGAUGUCCUCGCAGAUCUGGGCACCCUAGUGUCACCUGCCAACUCUGAAACCUCAGGCCUCACACUUUACCUGGUGGUGGCAGUGGCUGCAGUGUCCUUUGUCUUCCUGGCCUUUGUUAUUGUGUUGCUGGCGCUCAGGCUGAGGCAAUGGCACUCCUUGCGCCAGCUCCAGGCUGCAGAAAAUGGAUUGGCUGGCUUACCCGCCUCUCACUUUGUGGGCGUGGACGGGGUGCGUGCUUUUCUACAGACCUAUUCGCAUGAGGUCUCCCUCACUGCCGACUCUCGGAAAAGCCAUUUGAUCUUUCCGCAGCCCAACUACGCAGACACACUCAUCAGUCAGGAGAGCUGUGAGAAAAGUGAGCCUCUUUUGCUGGCAAGUGAUUUGGUCUUCUCUAAAGACAAUCAUGCAUUAAUUCAGGAACUGCUUUUGAGUGAGAUGGUCCCAGAGGCCUGGAGGAGCGGACUGGUAAGCACCGGGAGAGUGGUAGGAGUUUUGCUUCUGCUCGGUGCCUUGAACAAGGCUUCCACCAUCAUUCACUAUGAGAUCCUGGAGGAAAGAGAAAAGGGUUUCACUGUGGGUAACGUGGUCGCAGACCUUGGUUUGGAUCUGGGCAGUCUGUCAGCCCGCAGGCUCCGGGUGGUGUCCGGAGCAAGCCGUAGGUUCUUUGAGGUGAACUGGGAGACCGGAGAGAUGUUCGUGAACGACCGUCUGGAUCGGGAGGAGCUAUGUGGGACACUGCCCUCCUGCACUGUAACUCUGGAGUUGGUGGUGGAGAGCCCUCUGGAGCUGUUCAGCGCGGAAGUGGUGAUCCAGGACAUCAACGACAACAAUCCCGCUUUCCCUACCGGGGAAAUGAAAUUGGAGAUUAGCGAGGCUAUGGCGCCAGGGACGCGCUUUCCGCUCGAGAGCGCGCACGAUCCCGAUGUAGGAAGCAACUCUUUACAAACCUAUGAACUGAGCCACAACGAAUACUUUGCGCUUCGCGUGCAGACGCGGGAGGACGGAACCAAGUAUGCUGAACUGGUGCUGGAGCACUCCCUGGACCGAGAACGAGAGCCAAGCCUCCAGUUGGUGCUGACGGCGUUGGAUGGAGGAACCCCAGCUCGCUCCACUAGCCUUCCUAUUCGCAUCACCGUGCUGGAUGCGAAUGACAAUGCGCCUGCCUUCAAUCAGUCCUUGUACAGGGCGCGCGUCCCGGAGGAUGCACCCCCUGGCACUCGCGUUGCUCAAGUUCUUGCAACGGAUCUGGAUGAAGGCCUCAACGGUGAAAUCGUUUACUCCUUCGGCAGCCACAACCGCGCUGGCGUGCGGGAACUAUUUGCCUUAGACCUUGUAACUGGGGUACUAACAAUUAAGGGUCGACUGGACUUCGAAGACACAAAACUCCACGAGAUUUACAUCCAGGCCAAAGACAAGGGCGCCAAUCCCGAAGGAGCACAUUGCAAAGUAUUGGUAGAGGUUGUGGACGUGAAUGACAAUGCUCCAGAGAUCACAGUCACUUCCGUGUACAGCCCAGUCCCUGAGGAUGCCCCCCUGGGGACUGUCAUAGCUUUGCUCAGUGUAACUGAUCUGGACGCUGGUGAGAACGGGCUGGUGACUUGCGAGGUUCCACCAGGUCUUCCCUUCAGUCUUACUUCUUCCCUCAAGAAUUAUUUCACUUUAAAAACCAGUGCAGUCCUGGAUCGGGAGACAGCUCCAGAAUACAACCUCAGCAUCACCGCUCGGGAUGCGGGAUCACCUUCUCUCUCAGCUCUGUCGACAGUGCGGGUUCAAGUGUCCGACGUCAACGACAACCCUCCACAAUCUUCCCAAUCUUCCUACGACGUUUAUGUUGAAGAAAAUAAUCUUCCUGGGGUUCCAAUACUAAACCUAAGCGUCUGGGACCCCGACGCCCCACAGAAUGCUCGCCUUUCCUUCUUUCUCUUUGAGCAAGGCGCUGAAACCGGGCUAGUGGGUCAUUAUUUCACGAUAAAUCGUGACAGUGGCGUCUUGUCAUCUUUAGUGCCCCUGGAUUACGAAGAUAGGCGGGAGUUUGAAUUAACAGCUCAUAUCAGUGACGGGGGCACCCCGGUCCUGACCACCAACAUCAGUGUGAACAUCUUUGUUACUGAUCGCAAUGACAACGCCCCCCAGGUCCUCUACCCGCGGCCUGGCCAGAAUUCGGUGGAGAUGUUGUCUCGAGGUACCGCUGCAGGCCACGUGGUCUCGCGGGUGGUAGGCUGGGAUGCGGAUGCAGGGCACAAUGCCUGGCUCUCCUACAGCCUCUUGGGAGCCUCCAACCAGAGCCUUUUUGCUGUGGGACUUCACACAGGUCAAGUCAGUACUGCUCGCCCAGUCCAGGACACGGAUUCGUCCAGGCAGACCCUCACGGUCUUGAUCACAGACAAUGGAGAGCCAUCGCUAUCCACUACCGCUACCCUGACGGUGUCCGUAACCGAGGAAUCUCCAGAAGCCAGGGCCGAGUUCCCCUCCGGCUCUGCUCCCCGGGAGCAGAAUAAAAACCUCACCUUUUACCUACUUCUUUCUCUAAUCUUGGUCUCUGUGGGGUUCGUAGUCACAGUGUUGGGAGUUAUCAUAUUCAAAGUUUACAAGUGGAAGCAGUCUCGGGACCUAUACCGAGCCCCAGUGAGCUCCCUGUACCGAACACCAGGGACCUCUUUGCACGCGGACGCCGUGCGGGGAGGUCUGAUGCCACCGCACCUUUACCAUCAGGUGUACCUCACCACUGACUCGCGCCGCAGCGACCCACUGCUGAAGAAACCUGGGGCUGCCAGCCCGCUGGCCAGCCGCCAGAACACUCUACGAAGUUGCGAUCCCGUGUUCUAUAGGCAGGUGUUGGGGGCAGAGAGCGCCCCUCCUGGACAGGUGAGAAGCUGGGUAGAACUCGGGUGGGGGGCUACCCUUUUGUUCCUCUUUUGCCACCUGGGUUACGUUUGUGGGCAGAUCCGCUACCCGGUCCCAGAGGAGUCACAGGAAGGGACUUUUGUAGGGAAUGUCGCCCAAGAUUUCCUGCUGGAUACAGAGAGUCUGUCAGCUCGCAGGCUGCAGGUCGCUGGAGAGGUGAACCAAAGACACUUCCGUGUGGAUUUGGACAGCGGAGCCCUGCUAAUCAAGAAUCCAAUAGAUCGAGAGGCACUGUGUGGGCUCAGUGCCAGCUGUAUCGUGCCCCUGGAGUUUGUAACCGAAGGGCCUUUGGAAAUGUACCGAGCAGAGGUAGAGAUCGUAGAUGUGAAUGAUCACGCCCCCCGAUUUCCGCGGCAGCAGCUGGACUUGGAAAUCGGGGAGGCAGCUCCUCCAGGACAACGUUUCCCUUUGGAAAAGGCUCAGGAUGCAGAUGUGGGGAGCAAUUCCAUUAGCAGCUAUAGACUGAGCUCCAAUGAACACUUUGCACUUGAUGUCAAGAAACGCAGCGACGGCAGCCUCGUCCCGGAGCUGCUCCUGGAGAAGCCUUUGGAUCGGGAGAAGCAAUCGGACUACCGCCUGGUGCUGACUGCUGUAGACGGAGGGAACCCCCCAAGAUCUGGCACCGCGGAGCUCCGGGUCUCUGUGCUGGACGUGAAUGACAACGCCCCAGCCUUCCAGCAAUCCAGCUACAGAAUUAGUGUCUUGGAGAGCGCGCCAGCCGGCAUGGUGCUCAUCCAGCUCAAUGCCUCUGACCCGGACCUGGGUCCUAGUGGUAACGUCACAUUUUCUUUCAGUGGCCACACCCCUGAUCGUGUGAGAAACCUCUUUGACCUGCAUCCCACAACUGGAAAGCUUACCCUUCAGGGGCCCCUAGACUUCGAGAGUGAGAAUUACUAUGAAUUUGAUGUGCGGGCUCGCGAUGGGGGUUCUCCAGCCAUGGAACAACAUUGCAGCCUUCGGGUGGAUCUCCUGGAUGUAAAUGACAAUGCCCCCCACAUCACAGUGACUUCAGAGCUGGGAACUCUCCCAGAAAGUGCAGAACCUGGCACUGUAGUGGCACUCAUCAGUGUGCAGGACCCGGACUCGGGUUCAAAUGGAGAUGUGAGCCUUCGAAUCCCUGACCACUUGCCAUUUGCCCUCAAGUCUGCCUUCAGGAACCAGUUCUCCCUUGUGACUGCUGGGUCCUUGGACCGAGAGGCUAAAUCCAGUUAUGACAUCAUGGUCACUGCUUCUGAUGCUGGGAACCCUCCUCUGAGUACCCACAGGACUAUUUUCCUUAAUAUUUCUGAUGUGAAUGAUAACCCACCCUCCUUCUUCCAAAGAUCACAUGAGGUGUUUGUUCCUGAGAAUAAUCGCCCAGGGGACCUGCUUUGCUCUCUUGCAGCCUCGGACCCAGACUCUGGUUUGAAUGCACUUAUCUCUUACUCUCUCUUAGAGCCCAGAAAUCGAGAUGUGUCAGCUUCCUCCUUCAUCUCUCUGAACCCCCAAACAGGAGCUGUUCAUGCUACUCGAUCAUUUGACUAUGAGCAAACACAGACACUGCAGUUUGAGGUGCAGGCCCGGGACAGGGGCAACCCACCUCUUAGCAGCACUGUGACAGUCCGUCUAUUUGUUCUGGACCUCAAUGACAAUGCCCCAGCUGUUCUCCGCCCUAGGGCCAGGCCUGGUUCCUUAUGUCCUCAAGCACUGCCUCCAUCAGUUGGUGCUGGCCACCUAGUCACCAAGGUGACUGCCGUGGACUUGGAUUCAGGUUACAAUGCUUGGGUUUCCUAUCAGCUCCUAGAGGCCCCAGAUCCCAGCCUGUUUGCAGUCUCUCGAUAUGCUGGGGAGGUCAGGACAGCUGUUCCCAUCCCCGCUGAUCUCCCACCACAGAAGCUUGUCAUUGUGGUGAAGGACAGUGGUAGCCCACCACUUUCUACCUCUGUUACUCUCCUCGUGUCCUUAGAGGAAGACACUCAUCCAAUUGUUCCUGAUCUUCGAGAAUCUUCAGCUCCAAGGGAAGGAGAAUCCCGUCUGACUUUAUACUUGGCUGUAUCCCUAGUGGCAAUUUGCUUUGUCUCCUUUGGUUCAUUCGUGGCACUACUCUCUAAAUGUCUGCGUGGGGCUGCUUGCGGAGUAACAUGCUUUCCUGCUGGCACCUGUGCAUGUCUCACCAGAUCUCGAAGGAGGGAGGGGCUUCCUCCUUCCAAUGGGAUCCUCCGAAUCCAGCUAGGGUCAGAUGAUCCUAUCAAGUUUGUUGAUGUGGGAGGCCACUCUCAUGGCUGUACACCCUUGGCUUCUGCACCCACUCGGAGUGAUAGCUUCAUGAUGGUGAAGUCACCCAGUGCACCUAUGGCAGGAGAGCCUGUUCGCCCAAGCUGUCCACCCUCUGAUCUUCUCUAUGGGCUAGAGGCUGGAAGGAGACAUAAGAGAUUUCUUCUGCUGCAUUCCAAGCCCUUGGUCUACCUUGGAGACAGGACAGCACAGAGUUGUUCUUCAGGAAGGGACUUCUGGGUCAUGGGGCCCAAGACACCCCCACAGCUCCCUGGGAAAUGGCAAGUGCUGUGCAUGUUGUCCUUGUGCUGCUGGGGCUGGGUGUCUGGGCAGCUUCGUUACUCAGUGGUGGAAGAGUCUGAGCCGGGGACGCUGGUAGGGAAUGUUGCUCAAGAUCUGGGCUUAAAGGUGACAGAUCUGUUGAGCCGCCGACUGCGGCUGGGCUCUGAGGAGAAUGGACGCUAUUUUUCCCUGAGCUUGAUGAGUGGUGCUCUAGCAGUGAAUCAAAAGAUUGACCGAGAGAACCUGUGUGGAGCCAGCACCAGCUGCCUGUUGCCAGUGCAGGUGGUGACUGAACACCCACUGGAGCUCAUCCGUGUAGAGGUAGAGAUCCUGGAUCUCAAUGACAACUCUCCAAGCUUUGCCACUUCUGAGCGAGAGAUGCGUAUCUCAGAAUCAGCUGCACCUGGAGCACGAUUCCCACUGGAUAGUGCCCAAGAUCCGGAUGUAGGCACCAAUACUGUGAGCUUUUACACUCUAAGCCCCAGCAGCCACUUUUCUCUGAAUGUGAAGACCCUAAAAGAUGGGAAGCUCUUCCCAGAGCUGGUGCUAGAGCAGCAACUAGAUCGUGAAACUCAGGCAAGACAUCAGCUGGUGCUCACUGCUGUGGAUGGGGGUACCCCAGCUCACUCAGGGACCAGCCUCAUCUCCAUCAUUGUGCUGGACAUCAAUGAUAAUGCUCCAACCUUCCAGUCCUCAGUUCUACGUGUGGGACUUCCAGAGAAUGCACCCAAGGGGACCCUGCUGCUCCGCCUCAAUGCUACUGAUCCAGAUGAGGGCACCAAUGGCCAACUAGACUAUUCUUUUGGAGAUCAUACUUCUGAGGCAGUGCGGAAUCUCUUUGGCCUGGACCCUAGUAGUGGAGCAAUCCAUGUAUUGGGUUCAGUAGACUUUGAGGAGUCAAGUUUCUAUGAAAUUCAUGCAAGAGCCCGUGACCAGGGACAGCCAGCCAUGGAGGGUCACUGUGUCAUUCAAGUAGAUGUGGGGGACGCCAAUGACAAUGCCCCUGAGGUUCUGUUGGCCUCUUUGGUCAACCCUGUCCCAGAGAGCACACCAGUGGGCACAGUAGUGGGGUUGUUUAAUGUGCGGGACCGAGACUCAGGAAGAAAUGGUGAAGUAAGUCUGGAUAUCUCUCCAGACCUCCCAUUUCAGAUCAAGCCUUCUGAGAACCACUACUCAUUGCUAACCAGCCAGCCCUUGGACCGGGAGGCCACAUCACACUAUACCAUUGAGCUACUGGCUAGCGAUGCUGGCUCACCUCCUCUGCACACACGUCUCACCAUCAGGAUCAACAUUUCAGAUGUUAAUGACAACGCGCCCCAGUUCAACCAGCAGCUCUAUACUGCUUACAUCCCAGAAAAUAAGCCUCCUGGCUCCCUUCUCUGCACUGUGGCUGCCUCAGAUCCAGACACUGGGGAUAAUGCCCGUCUCACCUACUCCAUUGUAGGGAGUCAGAUUCAGGGAGCCCCAUCCUCCUCCUUUGUGUAUGUCAACCCUGAUGAUGGACGAGUCUUUGCCCAGCGAACUUUUGACUAUGAAUUGCUGCAGAUGCUGCAGAUUGUGGUGGGGGUUCGAGACUCUGGCUCUCCCCCACUGCAUGCCAACACAUCUCUACAUGUGUUUGUCCUUGACCAGAAUGAUAAUGCCCCAGCUGUGCUGCACCCAAAGCCAGGCAGGGAAUUCUCAGCCCCCCAGCGUCUCCCUCGCUCUGCUCCUCCUGGCUCCUUGGUCACCAAGGUGACAGCUGUGGAUGCUGAUGCAGGCCACAAUGCAUGGCUUUCUUAUUCCCUGUUGCCACAGUCCACAGCCCCAGGAUUGUUCCUGGUGUCUGCACAUACUGGUGAGGUGCGCACAGCUAGGUCCUUACUAGAGGAUGACCCUGAUACUCAGCAGGUGGUGGUCCUCGUGAGGGACAAUGGUGACCCUUCACUUUCCUCUACAGCCACAGUGCUACUGGUUCUGGAGGAUGAAGACCCUGAGGAAAUGCCCAAAUCCAGUGAUUUCCUCACACACCCUCCUGAACGUUCAGACCUUACUCUUUACCUCAUUGUAGCUCUAGCAACCAUCAGUCUCUUAUCCUUAGUAACCUUCACCUUUAUGUCAGUUAAGUGCCUUCGGGGACAGGCAAAUGGGGAUGGUGGUGGGGGUGGGUGCUGCAGGCAUCAGGACUCACCCUCCCGGGAAUUUUAUAAGCAGUCUAGUCCCAACCUGCAGGUAAGCUCAGAUGGCACACUUAAGUACAUGGAGGUGACACUGCGGCCCACAGACUCACAGAGCCAUUGCUACAGGACGUGCUUUUCACCAGCCUCUGAUGGCAGUGACUUCACUUUCCUCAGGCCGCUCAGCGUUCAGCAACCCUCAGCUCUGGCCCUGGAGCCUGAUGCCUUUCGUUCCCACUCUAAUACGAUGCGGGAGAGGAGCCAGCAAGCCCCACCCAACACGGACUGGCGUUUCUCUCAGGCCCAGAGACCCGGCACCAGCGGCUCCCAAAAUGGUGAUGAAACUGGCACCUGGCCCAACAACCAAUUUGACACAGAGAUGCUGCAAGCCAUGAUCUUGGCCUCCGCCAGCGAAGCUGCUGAUGGGAGCUCCACCCUGGGAGGAGGCGCUGGCACCAUGGGCUUGAGUGCCCGCUAUGGACCCCAGUUCACCCUGCAGCAUGUGCCCGACUACCGCCAGAACGUCUACAUCCCUGGCAGCAAUGCCACACUCACCAAUGCACCUGGCAAGAGGGAUGGCAAGACCCCAGCAGGUGGCAAUGGAAACAAGAAGAAGUCGGGCAAGAAGGAGAAGAAGUAA